GGGAGAAGGACAGCCCAUUUAAAGCGGACACUACGACAUAACCAUCCAAUAUGGCUCUCGCCUUGACCGCAAUUAGGAUGCCGGGGUAUAUAAAUGAUGCAUGCUAUAAAUGCAGUCAUAUCAUAUCUCCACCGGCAAUUCGGAGAGUAUCACCAAGCAUUUUGGAGUAGCUGGUAGUUAAUUGGCUUAUGCCCACGCUUAUGCCACGAUACAUAAGGAUAUGCUAUUUCAUGGCGAGGUAAAGCUAAGAACGACUCUCCUGAGAAGAAAGCAAAUAAAAUUUCCUUCACAAUGUCUUAUGACGAUGCAUCAUCACGAGCUACGGCUCUACGACAAGUAGUAAAGCUCAUCCAAGACUCAUCAGAAAUACUAAUCGCCGAAUGGGAGAACCCAGCACCGGAUGCUAUACCAGCCUCUGAAACAACCUUCGCGAUACCUGGGCGCAAGGCAUAUGACGCGCAACGAACAGUCAUUGCAGCACUGGGCACGAUCGAAGAGCUCGUAGCUGAGCCUCAUCUGCGCUUAGUAGACUUUGCCGAGCUGUAUUUCGAGGUUCGAGCACUUCACAUAGCAGUUGAACAUAAUAUCGCAAUCCUGUUAGACAAGGGAGGUGCGGACGGAGUAUCUGUCGAGGAUCUAGCCAAGUCAACUGGGCUCGAGAAGAACAAGCUCGCUCGCAUACUGCGAGUCCUGACUACGCAGCAUAUAUUUCGCGAGGUUGCGCCGGGCAAGUUCGCAAAUAAUAGGAUCUCGCAGGCUUUAGCCAACGACGAAAAGCUGCUAGGGCAAGUCAAAUGCAGUUCCAUGGGAUUCGCAGCUGCUUCAGCACUUCCGGAAGCACUCAAGGACCCUAUCCGAGGACCGAGUCAUGAACCGGAACUCGCAGCCUGGCCAUUGGCCGUGGGCACAGAACUUCCAUUCUUCACGUGGAUGAACGAGAAAGUUCCCCGUUCGCGAGCGGCACUGGAUAAAGCAAGUCCUGGCGCUGCAAGAGGCCCGUAUCAAAAAGUAGAAGCAUCACCUGAUGAGGAGUUGGUCCCGAAGGACGACGCGCAAACCUACAACUUGUACUUAGCUGGCAACAGUAAGAGCUUAGGCAGUGCAACCUUAUAUGACUUCCCCUGGAAGGAAUUGGAAAACGGUUUAGUUGUUGACGUUGGAGGCGGUGUCGGUAGUUUUGAUCUUCAGCUAGCCCGCCUGUAUCCAGAAUUGCGUUUUGUCGUACAAGACCUGCCGACCGCGGUUGAGCAAGGUUCUUCAAUAUGGCAAAAGGAGUUCCCCGAAGCUUUAGAGUCGGGACGGGUACAGUUCGUGGCACACGACUUUUUCAAGCCGAAUCCCAUCAAGGAAGCCGACAUAUACUGGAUGCGCCAUGUCCUACAUGACUGGAACGACGAGGCUUGCGUCGAAAUUCUUCUGAAUACCGCCAAGUCCAUGGGUCCAGACUCGCGGCUACUUGUUGCCGAUAUUACUUUGACUGAAACAAUAGGAGACCCGUACAUCAAGCCAGCCCCUAAACCCCUAUUAGCCAAUUACGGAAUCCAUGUUCAUCACGGGUUCGCCUUCGACAUAGCCAUGAUGUCUUUGAUGAACGGCAAAGAGCGAACACCUUCGGAAUUCCGAGAGCUGUUCGAGAAGGCAGGACUGAAAAUGGUUAAAGCGUGGGAAUGUCGUAGCAACUUGGGAAUAAUGGAAUGCCGCUUGGCAUAAGUGGGAAGUGUAGUAGGUAGACUUAGCGUGAUGCAACUCUCGUUUGAUCGGUUAACGACGUCUGAAGAAUAUUAGAAUGUUAGGAUGUUAUACUCUUCACCGCUUAAUAUAUGGUUUGUGCAGAAAGCGUUACACUACUUAAAUGUCUCGUUGGGCUAUAAUUAGAUGUCAAAUCAAAUCGACAGGCGAUAUUCUCUCUAGUCAAGCAAGCGUCGUCCCACCGAUAGGUAAUUUUGUUUAGGGAUCAUUUAGAGGCUGUGAUGUCGCACUUGAGGCUUCGGCUCUCUAAUCAUUUCUUUCAAACUGCAGCUAGUCAUGUG